AUGUCGGUCCUACCUACCUUCUCCCAGCCUGCCCGGCGCCUCCUCAUCCUCCUCCCUGUCGUCUUUGUUACUCUGGCCCUUCUCACCGGCCUCUUCAAUGAGUCCGUUCGCUCGACCCUGCCAAAGGUAGUCAUUACCACCAACCCAUCCUCAACCAUCGACAACCCCUUCCACGGCGACUGUGCCGCCAACUCCACCAAUGGCCCGCUCGACAACCUCUCCUCCAUCGUCCAGGCCCUCUACGCGCCCCUCGUCGUUCCCAUCACAGCUCCCACAUUCACCGCCCGCGACGGCACCGUCAAACGCCUGCCUCCCGCCUCGGAGCUGGUCCACCACCAAUCGCUCGGCAAGCGCAUUUGCAUUCUCGACGUCGACACGCGCCCGCACACCGAAGACGGCGCCAUCUUCGCCUCCUCCUUCCCAACCUGGGACGCCCUGCGCCCUGGUUCCGCCGGCUUUCUCUCGCACUACCUGUACGCUUUGAUCCACGGGUACACGUACAAGUUCGUGCAAGCGCCGACAUACAAGGACCGGGCGCCGCACUGGACCAAGGUGAUUUUCACGCAGGAGCUGCUCAAGCAAUACGACAUCGUGGUGAUGCUGGACUACGACGCCGUGUUUCCCAGCCCCGAGCUGCCGCUGGAGUGGAUGCUCAACUACUGGAAGAUCGACGAGCAGGUGAUGGUGGCGAUGGCGCAGGAUCCGGACGCCGAAGUCAAUCGCGACUUGAGGGGGAACUUGAAUGUCAACACGGGCUUCAUCAUUGCGCAGGCGUCGGAGAACACGCAGCGGAUGUUCAAGGACUGGGCUGAGUGUCCCAACGAGACGAGAUACAAGGGCUGUGCGAGGUGGAAGGACGUGAUUUUCCAUGAGCAGGCGGGCUUUAGCUCCCAUGUCAGGUACGACUUCUUGGACGGGCUGACUAUCGAGGAGGAGCCGGGCAAGAGCAUGUUGAGGGUUCUGCCGUGUGACGAGGCGAACGGGAUACCGGAGAAGAAACACCUGGGCUGCUCCGGGCAGCUGGUCAGGCAUUAUUGGGGCAAUAAGGAGAUGACCAAGAGGGAGCUUAAUGACAACGUCAUGAAUGCGAUGCUGCCGCUGUUGCUGCAAUCGGCCUUUAAGGGAGGUGAUUCGGCGACGAAUGCGGUGGUGGAUUAUAGGAACAAGGUGUUGGAGGGGGAUCAGAUUCUCGAUAAGCCGCUUUGA